AUGCACAAAGCCUUGGUGCUGAAGGUGACGCAUCAGCGUGAAAACAAAAACCUCUUCGCAUUUCUGUGGAAGAACUCCAGAGAUUGUGUGAGAGCAGCAGCAGCUCUCACUCUGACUGAUUUUCACAAGACUGAUUUUUUUUCUAAAGUUUUCUGUUUCAUUUUAGGAGCAGAAGAGGACGCAGUCCAGGAAGUUGGGAAACAGAAACGAAGCGUCCCAAACUGGGCCAUGACCUCAGACGAUUUCUUUGGCUGGGUGGAGGAGCUCCGCAAACACGCCGGAUAUGAACAAAUCGAAGAGUUAGCCAGAACCUUCUGGGCUCAUUUUCCCUCUGCAGACCGACUCGGGUACGGGGCCCAUGAGGCAGACGAGUAGGAGCACGAACGGGGACACAGCCGACACAAAAGAACACAAUCA